CCUCAUCCGCUCCAUCAUCGCUAUGGUCGCUGCGCUCACCGGUUGGUGCUCCGUUGCUCUUGUCCUGCUAGUGGCCUUGCAUGAAGGCAAGGGCCAGGCCACUGCCCCCCAGGAUCAGCCUGCACCCUCACCCCAUGCCCGAGGCUCCCACCUGCGACCCCGGCGUUGUUCCUGCAGCUCCUGGCUCGACAAGGAGUGCGUCUACUUCUGCCACCUGGACAUCAUCUGGGUGAACACUCCAGGACAGACAGCUCCUUACGGCCUGGGAAACCCGCCAAGACGCCGGCGCCGCUCCCUGCCAAGGCGCUGCGAGUGCUCCAGUGCCAGGGACUCCGCCUGUGCCACCUUCUGCCAUCGAAAGCCCUGGUCUAAAGCCACGGCCGUCCCCAGGGCCAAGUCCCCUGCAGAUGAGUUCCAGACUGGCAAGACAAGGACCACGGCGGGAGAGAUCCUCCGGCGGCUGAGGGAAAUGUCCACCGCCAAGAUCCGCUUUGCAAGGCAACAGCAAGUGGCAGCGAAGGAGCACAGGCCCACACACUCCAGGUGGAGGAAGAGAUAGCAUCGGGAAGCUGGAGGAACCUUGGGAAGGAAACCUGUGUGGAGCCAGGAGGAGGGGCAGCCCUGGGCUGGAGAGACACCCUCCACCUGUUCCCUGGGCCAGGCCUGCUGGGAUUGGCACAAGCUCUGGCUUCCUCGCCCCGUGAGGGCGCUUCCCACGAAGCAGCUCCAUGCCCUCACACUGCCCAGGAGAGCCCUCGACCUGCAGAGCGGCCUGCCCACUGGCUUUCACCCCACAGCCUUGUUGGAAGGAACUGUGCAGAGCCCGCUCGCCCAGAGGUCCCAUCCUGAGACUUGUCCUGUGUCGGCUACCAGCCCGGAGUGACGUGUGACAGUGGACCAUCACGCCUGAGCCAGCCCUGGAGGCUGUGCUGCCCAAGGACUGGUGUCCUGGCUGGCCCCCACCUCUGCCCUCCCACUGUCCUGCCCCAGCAUCCUUGUACCCGCAUACCCCGGGGACACGCCUAGAGACGAGGGGCUGUUCUGUUUCACCUGUCUGUAUAUAACUUAUUUGCUCUAAGACCUUUGAUA